AUGUCUGCCAACAACUUCGCUUCCCACAACGGCCUGCCUAUGCCGUCGGGCGGCCUGGCUUCCCGUCGAGGUGGUCAGAACAUCAAGCCCCUGUCGUUCGACGCCAUCAAGCAGGGCAACGCCAACGUUAAGGACGGCGGCGCUCCGACUCCUCGUACGAGCCGAUCCCAUUUACUGGCGGGCCUCAGAACCGCUCCCAAAUCGGCCACUGCCGCCUCGUUUGGUUCGGGCGCCCCCAACAAUGGCCUCUCCGCGCAGCAGCACGCCAGGAACAGCAUGGCGGCCAAUCUCUCUGGUUACGGUAACGGCCAGGAUUCCAUGUACAAUGCUCCUAAGACGGCCUUCCCUCAGUACGGCGUCCAGCAGAGCAGCAUGCAGCAGAGCGGCAUCCAGGGCAUGAUGGGCCAGCUGCAGCACCAGCAGCUUCAGCAGUUGCAGCAGCAGUACACCGUCGAACAGGUUCUGACGCCCCCUUCCGUCCACAUCAAUGAGGAGGACCCGACCUUGUACGCCCAGCUGGUUGCCACCAACUGCUACCUGGCGCAGCAACAGCGGCAGCUCCAGGCGCAGCUUAGGACCGUCCAGGCUGCCGCUCAGCAGUUCCAACAGCUGAACCUCAACAGCCCUCAACUCACGCAGCAGCAGAUGGCCAUUUACGAGCAGCAGCAGCAGCUGAGGAACAUGCAGCAACAGCUCAGCGUGCAGGCGGCCAUGAGCCAGGGCCAGCAGGUGUACUACAACGCGGCCACGGGCCAGUAUUACGUCGAUACCUCGGCUAUCUCGCAGGUCGCCUCGCCGUACGCUGAGCAGCCCAUGUCGCCCGCGUUCAACACAUUUCAGCAGCAGCAGCAGCAGCAACAGCUGUAUCAUCAGCAGCAGGCCACUCCCCGCGUUCAGGUCUCGCCGCCUCCCGAGAACCAGCAGUCGUUCCGUACCACCUCGCCUCCGAAGCGCUUCGACUCGCCUUCCGAUGUCGCCCCGUUGCCCCCGCCUUCGGCCAACGCGUUCCGCCGCGGCCACAAGAAGGCGUCGUCUCUCGCUCCCGUCAACAGCGCUCUGGCUGCCGCCGGUGGCGUUGCGGACGCACCCAAGUCCGCUGGCCCCAAGACGGCGUCUUUCCCACUGACACCGAUGACUGGGGGUUACGGCCCUGGUCAGGGCCGGGCCGGCGAGCACCCGAUCCGACAGCCUCGAGGCCCACCUUCGUUGGAUGAGCUCAAGGCGAAGCCCACCGCCAAACACGAAGGCAGCAAGAACUUUGCCACUCGGACCAGGCGAUCUGCCGUGCACAACCUCGUUCGCGCGGGCCUGGAGCGUCGCAAGGGCACUGGCAGCUCUGUUGGCAGCAUGAGCCCCGUCUCGGAGACGGCCGAGGAAUCCAUCACCCCCAUCACCGACAACGAGUCUGACUCCGGGCGUAGCGGCUCGGGCAGCCUUGCCGGCGAGUUGGAGUGUGCCAGCUCCCGCACAUCUGCUAGCGGCAGCUGGGGAGCCAUUGGCUCAGACAGGCCGAGCUCGCGUCAGAAGGCCCGCGGCAGCGUCGACAGCAUCAACAGCAACGGCGGCGUGCCGACGUCCGAGUCCGACAGCAGCUCGUUUGCCGACGUGUUUAAGAACGGCGCUCUGCGUGCGUCCAAGGCUCAGGAGGCCGCUGACAGUCAGCGCAAGCCCUCGCGCCUCGUCCUGACGAGCGUCGAGCGACGCAAGGCCGGCCCGACUGCUUAA